AUGGCUUCUGUUCAAUAUUGUUUAGGAUCUUGCCUGGGCCAAAAGAGGAACUUCAAGGCAUUAUCUAUUGUUCAACCAGGCAAUACUAGGCAUUCCAUCAACCUAGUCACAAAACAGCCCAACUAUAAAGCCACAUUUUCACAACUAUCAAUAGAUGGCGAGAAUCAACCGAAUUUAUAUGACAAUAAGAGAAAAGAAAAACAAUGGAGGGUCUAUUGCAGUAAUGAUGGGUCAUGUGGGAUUGCUCCCCAGUGGUCCACGCCAUCAGUAUUAGACUUGGUCCAGGAUUUCUAUAGUGCCAUCAACGUCAAGGACACCCAAAAAUUGGACCAACUUCUUUCACAUGAUUGUCUAUUCCAGGACCUCAUAUUUUACAUUCCCUUUAGCGGAAAACAGAGUAUCAUUAACUUUGUGCAAGAACUAAUGGAUGCAAUGGGACAAAAUGUUCAUUUUGUCAUUGAUAGUUGGAUGGAAGGCGAGAACUUAACUGCGAGUGUUGAUGGAAAGCUUAUUAUCAGCAAAAUCACCGGAGUGGAAGAAUUACCGGUGAAACCUGGAGAUUUGGUGCUGAAACUAUUGAAGGCAGUAAGCAGUGUUUUUGACAGCUUCCCUUUUGCAGCUGAACAGUUGCUGACAAAAUCCCAGGGAACACAUGAGGGAAUAAUCAAGCUUCUAGAAAUGCUUGGUGCUUUUAAGAAGAACUAA